CACCUUUUCACCUUUUCAUUUUUCAACCCCCUCUCCAUGCUUACACUGUCACUGUAGUGCAUGCAAGAGUAGUGGUAAAAAGACGUUGCCCCUACACCUUCAGCUACCUCGUCACCUAGCUCUCCUCUCAUCAUCCAUCAGAGCGAGACAGGGAGUGAGUGUGUGAUACGGAUGAUGUGCUGCGUCCUUUCUUCCUAGGAGAAGUUGCAUCAUCAUAACAGCUGCUUCCGUUGCUAGAUAGCCAUCUCUAGCUAGCUCUUGCAAAAAUCUAUCGUUGGUUCUUGGCUUGUUGCGCCGGCCGGCCGGUCGCCAUGCAGGAGGAGCAAGCUGCUGCCGACGCUGCUGGUAAUAGUAGCCCCCCUAGUCAUCAGGAGCAGGAGAGCUCGGGCGGGUGCUGCUUGGUGCGUGGCCCCAUCAUCGUCGGCGCCGGGCCGUCCGGCCUCGCCGUGGCGGCCACGCUGAGGCGGCACGCGGUGCCCUUCACGGUGCUGGAGCGCUCCGACGGCAUCGCCGACCUGUGGACGAACCGCACAUACGACCGCCUCCGCCUGCACCUCCCCAAGGUCUUCUGCGAGCUCCCGCACGUGGGCUUCCCGGCCGACUUCCCCACGUACCCGAGCAAGCACGACUUCCUCCGGUACCUGCGCUCCUACGCCGCGCGGUUCGCCGUGUCGCCACUGUUCGGGCGCACGGUGACGCGCGCGCGGUUCGACGCCGCCGCGUCGCUCUGGCGGGUGACGGCGGUCUCGGCGGCGGACGGCGGCCGGGCGACCGAGUACGCGUCGCCGUGGCUGGUGGUGGCCAGCGGCGAGAACGCGGAGGUGGUGGAGCCCAAGGUGAAGGGGAGGGAGAGGUUCGCCGGGGAGGCGCUGCACUCCAGCGCGUACAGGAGCGGCGAGAGGUUCAAGGGCAGGAGGGUGCUGGUCGUCGGCUGCGGCAACUCCGGGAUGGAGAUGUGCUUGGAUCUGUGCGAGCUUGGUGCAAUGCCCUUCAUGUCCGUCAGGAGCGGGGUGCACGUCCUCCCAAGAGAGAUGUUUGGGACCUCGACGUUCGGCGUCGCCAUGAAACUGCUCAAGUGGCUGCCCAUCAAGCUGGUGGAUAGGUUCCUGCUCCUGGUGGCGAAGAUGGUCCUGGGGGACACGGAGAGGCACGGGCUGCGCCGGCCCAAGCUGGGCCCGCUGGAGAUCAAGAAGAUCACCGGCAAGAGCCCUGUUCUGGACGUGGGAGCAUGGUCGUUGAUCAAAUCUGGAAACAUCAAGAUCGUGCCAGAGGUCGAGUCAUUCACCGGCGGCAGCGGAGUGAGGUUCGUGGACGGCAACGAGAUGGCCUUCGACGCCGUCAUCUUCGCCACCGGCUACAGAAGCAACGUCCCUUCCUGGCUCAAGGACGGUGACCUGUUCACGGAGGACGGCAAGCCAAGGGCGGCUCAGGAGCCGACGACGAGCAGCAACAGCAGCUGCUGCAGCUGGAGGGGUCCCAACGGGCUCUACUGCGUGGGAUUCUCCGGCCGGGGCCUGCUCGGCGCUGGCGCGGACGCGCUGAGGGCCGCCGCCGACAUCGCCGGGAGGUGGCAGGCGGCGGCAGCGGCCGGAGGAGGAGCCAGCAGCAAGAUCUCAAUCUCCUCCGCCUCGGUCUAGUCCGUCCACAGGGCGCGCAUGCAUAUGGUGGUGGUGGUGUCCUGGCGACGACGAGCAAUGCAAGCUGCCACUGCGGCUGUGUGUAUUGUAGCAAGAGGGAGACUGGUGACUGGGCGAGUAGCAGUAGGCAGGUGCCCGGCCUGGUGGCGCUGCCGCAUGCUUGCUGAAACAGCAGCAGGCUGCGCGCUCUCCGAUCCAGUCCUGGUGCUGCACAGAUGUUAUCGCAGGUGGUGGGGAGGAGAGGAGAGGACGGAGCAGGAGGAAGACUGGAAGAGGCCGCCGGGUGACCGGCCGGUGGCCUGUCCGUGCAUGGUGUAGCGUGUGCAGGGGGCCGGGGACCGUGACAAAAUUUUGCAUAGGACGUGGUUUGUCUCAUGUACCCGUGCAGGCACAUAGGGAUGAAAUAGUGCAGGCGUCUUUUUUUGUCCAAGGAUGCAGUGCAGUGCAGGCCGUCGUGGUGUCGUCCGCAUUACGUCCCUAAAUUCCAGCCACGCCGCCUGCUUGUUCAUCAAUUCGCUGAUGUAUGUUUUCUUCUCAAGG